AUGAAGCUCUGUCUCACAGCCCUGUUCUUUGCGGCGACAACGGUUGUCAACGCCUUGGUCAGGGAUGUUCCGGGUCUCAAUGGUGCUAUUCCUCCAACCAAUCUGGCCAAUGUAAAAUUUCACAAGAGGAGGCCUGCCGACUUCCAACACCCUGGCCUCUGGCACACACACGAAGAUCUCGAACGCAUGCGGAUUGGCGUGGCCAACCAGCUCGAGCCUUGGUAUUCCGCGUUUGCCAACUUUAGCGCCGAUGUCUACUCCUCGUCAUCAUACAAGAUGAAAGGGCCCUUCCCCGUCAUCUCUCGUGGAUCCGUCAGCAACUACACCAGCUUCACCAGCGACGCGCGUGCUGCCUGGCAAAACGCCCUCAUGUGGUACAUCACUGGAGACGAUGCUCAUCGCAAUGUCUCGACCUCGAUCCUGGAUGGCUGGGGAAGCAAUCUGACCGACAUCAUCGGAACGGACCGCAGCUUGCUCCUUGGAACCGAAGGCCUUCUUUUCGUCAAUGCCGCCGAAAUUAUGCGCUGGGAGGCCAACUGGACAGAGCAAGGUGCCACUUACAAAGGCGGCACGGGAUUUUCCGUUCAGCUUUACUGGCUCUUUGCACGCCAGUCGGUCAUCGUCGGGCAAGCUAAUUAUGGCAUGGCGAGCAUCCAUGCGUUGCUCAACUACGCUAUUUACCUCGAAGAUGUGUCCAUGUACAACUACGCGCUGGAUAUGCUGCAGAACGACCCUUGCGCUGGGCUCGAGGCGAAUUUUGACGUCAAGACAGGGCAGGGUUCCGAAUCCGGCCGUGACCAAGGGCAUGCCCAGAUUUCGAUCGGCUGGACAGCUUUGGCCGCCAAAACCAUCCUAUCCCAAGGUGGCGACAUGUUCAAGGAGCACAACAACCUCAUUCUACGCGGAGCCGAAUAUGCCGGACAGUACAACUCGAACAAGACCGUUCCUUUCGACCCCUCCUUCUAUCGAUGCGAAGCUGUCCUGGUGGAUGGCCCCUGGGGCACAGUUGCUAACGUUUCUCGCGGUUUGAAGUAUCCAGUCUACGACCUGGUCUACUAUGAGUAUAUCCAACGCCUUCGGGUCGACAGCGAGGCCAUCAAGGAGGUCAAACGGCUCUCGCCUUCAGAGAGCAACGUCACCAGCGCGGAUCUGCCAUCGUGGGGAGACCUUCUCUGGGCUUACAACUCCACAAGUAGCAGUCAGGCCUAA